AUGAUAGCAAAUGGAUUACUGUCAAUUACAGAGUGCUGUCUGCGUUCUUCGGAGAGAUGUUUGCCAGUGAAACCUCUACUUGAAGACUUUUGGAAUUUAGAGACUAUAGGAAUUAAAGACUCCCCCUAUAUAUCAGAUGAUGAGGAAGCACUGAGAAAUUUUGAUAGCACCUUAGAGAUGGGAAACAAUAGGUAUCAUGUCACUUGGCCAUGGAAGAGUUCAUGUCCAGAACUUCCUGAAAACAGAAAACUUGCCUAUGGAAGGUUCAAGUCACUUGUACACAAGAUGCAAAGCAAGCCAGACUUCUUACAAAAAUAUGAUGAAAUUAUCCAGGAUCACUGUACAAAGGGAAUUAUAGAGAAGAUUCCUCACAGUAGUGAAGAAACAGGGAUAAAGCAUUAUAUCCCACAUCAUGCAGUUAUCGACCCAACAAAGCCAACCACAAAAGUUAGGAUCGUAUAUGAUGCUUCAGCAAAGUCGAAACAGAGUAACCCCAGUCUCAAUGAAUGUCUACACAGAGGACCUGUUAUGCUACAGGAUUUAUGUGGACUACUGUUGCGCUUCAGAAUGAAUAGGAUUGGAAUUUUAGCUGACAUAGAGAAAGCUUUCCUGCAAGUUGGAUUGCAAGUCAAAGACCGAGAUGCCACCAGAUUCUUUUGGUUGAAGGAUGUGAACACCCGGAGCAUAGAAAACAACACUCAAGUAUACCGAUUUUGCAGAGUGCCGUUUGGUGUAAUAUCCAGUCCAUUUCUUCUGGCAGCAACUAUUGACCAUCACCUCUCUAUGUACAACAGUAAACAGCUGAAAUAUUAG